AUGGCCCCUCACUACGGUACUGGCUACGACAAAGCAGGUCGUAGCAACAACAAUCUUCCAACGCAUAUCAAGUGCAAUGGAAAAUGUGCUCGCGUCAAGGGUUCGGACUCAUACUCCGGAAAGCAACUCGACAUUCUGAUUAAGAAGUUGCGCGAUACUUCGCGCUUCGACGCGGCUAAAAUGCCACUCAUCUCAUGCACGGGCUGUACGAGCCAGCAGGUCGUCGAACUCCGCUGCUUCGAUUGUGAGCGGUGGAUGGGGCUUGACAAGUUUUACAAGACACAGCGGAAAAAGCCCGAUGAUGCGGAGUGCAUCGAGUGUGUGACAAGGCGGGUUAACACGGAGCCGCACGAGGUUGGUCGUGACGACGACGAGGAUGUUGCUGCUCCAGGUGAAUCUGGCAGCGACUCGGACGACUACGAGGACUAUCACAUCAACAACRCGACGGGCAGCAUUGCAGGUCUGUCCAUAAGUAACAGCACUUACCCUUCUCAGACGGGCGCCAGCAGCUCCGGUGGUGUGAAUGUGACCGGCAGCACUGCUGCUACCUCCCGCCAGACCCCUUCCGCGCAGGCCAGCAGCGUCGCCGGUACUGCAUCCACUGUGCGCACUACUACCACCAAGUUCAAUCCUCGCGGCUAUGCCAGCUCAAGCAAGUCCACGGGAGGAGGAGGAGGAGCGUGGGCCAAGGUUCCAGCCGGCCGUUCCAAGGCCCCCGCGGAGGAAGGCAGCGACGACGAUGACGACRAGGACGAUGACAGGCAGCUCAUCUCCGAUAGCGAUUGA